AUGGUGUGGAUUAUGACAACAGAGAAUAUGAGCUCCGAUGGGUCGGCGGCUGACGGCGGCGUGGGGCGCCCGACGAGGAGCCGGUACGAGUCGCAGAAGCGGCGGGACUGGAACACGUUCCGACAGUACCUGUGUAACCACAGACCGCCGCUGGCGCGGUGCAUCGGCGCGCACAUGCUGGAGUUCUUGCGCUACCUCGACCAGUUCGGGAAGACGAGGGUGCACGUGGAGGGGUGCGCCUUCUUCAGCCGACCGCAGCCUCCGGCUCCUUGCCCCUGCCCCCUCUGCCAGGCAUGGAGCAGCCUCGACGCCCUCGUCGGCCGCCUCCGCGUCGCCUUCGAGGAGGCCAACCCUUUCGCAGCCCGCACCGUCAGGAUCGACUUGAGGGAGGUCAGAGAGAGCCAGGCCAGGGCCCGCGACAUCGCCUACGACAAGAAGAGGUCGACGAGGAAGAAGCAGCGCCGCCCGCCGGCCCCACCCACCGAGGAGGCGAGCGCGACACUUGAGCUAAUUGCCGAAGCAGGGUAUUAUAACAACCCACAACGCCAGAUGUUGAUGAUGAUGAUAAUGAUGCAACAAGCGAGUGUUGGCGGCGGAUCAUCUGCCGCAGCGGCGGCGUGUUCAUGUGGAAAUUAG